AACCAUGGACAUCACAGUAGGUGCGUUUCCAACUGGUGGGUACCCAUUACCAUAUCCAAACCUACCCACAAAUUUUGGAUACGAUAUGGGCCGAACUUUUUUAUCUAUUUAAAAUGGAUAGUGUAAAGUGGUAAUGGAUAUAAUUCUAGUGUUCUCUUCACAAUUCAACUUGAUUCUUAUAUAUUUUUAGCUUAAACUUAAAUAAGGUUAGAGCCCGACCCUUUUAGAUCCGGUUUUUAGAUUAUCUAUGUUAAAAUUUAAGCUCCUUUUUAACACCCCUAAGUGUAAGGUAGGGGGAGAUGAUUACCGGUACUUAGGCUAUUGUCAAUUUAAAAUAUUAUGCCAUAUCAGCAAAUUUGCUAAUAUGGCAGAGUAUUAUGAGGAUAGAGGAGUGAGAGUUCCAUGGGAUGAGAGAGGAGUUUCGUUACCGUUACCAUGGUACUCCUCUAGCUCAGUUAGUAAGUUAUCAUAUUUGGUAACUUGGCAAUGAAACCCUGCAAUAAGACUGGCCUUAUAUAUAACUUAUUCUAGGUAGUCAAUUGAUCUUAACUCCAAGCAUGUUUGCAUAUUAGUUUGAUUCGUCAUCUACUUAGUUUAGAUGAAUUGGUAUGGGCGAGGAAAGAAUGAAGAUGAUUUGGAUUUGCAUAUGCCCAUUCUUCCCUGGCCACUACUUAUCGCUAGAUGUACUCCCUCCAUUCCAUGGAGAAUACAAUUUUGAAAUUUAAAAAAGUGCAAUCCUAGCAACAAUUACCUACGUUAUCCUUUCAAUAUAUUUUCAGGAUUUAAUUAUCUGCGUUUCAAAAAAAAGGAUUUAAUUAUCUGCAUGUUGUAACCAACUCUGAAAGUUAAACACCUACCAGGCCUAAAUCAAUGGAAUUGAGACAAUUACUAAGGGUAGCAUCGUGAAGGGAGUACAAGGUUAAUUAUUCUGUGUGAAAAAUUAGGAUUGCCUUCUUUAUCGGAUGGAGGGAGUACAAGGUCUAUGGAUUUUUAUCCUGUAUUUUGGGAAUGUUUUUUUCAUGUUCAUUCAUUUGCUACGAGGUGAUCCAUGGAGUAAAUCCGUCAAAUUCGGAUCGGAUAGUUGUCCAUCUCAAAAACGGAUUUUUACAUGCCCCCGCGGCGACAAGACCUAUCUGCACCGUUCCAUCAAUAUUCUGCAUGGAGGUUCGGGAAAGGAGAUGGGACCCGUGGAGCACUGAAAGGAACCAAGGAACCAAACGGUGUCCCAUGCGGUAGGAGCGUAGAAGGCCAAACACGAAAAUGCCUUUCUUCUUCCUCGAUUCAUCUUCCACCGUUCUCUCUAUCUCUCCUCCAAAACAAAAUAGCAGCAAAGAAGCUUCUUCCUCAGCGCUGGUACCCCGCACCCCGCACCCUGCCCCGUCCUCCUCCACCUGUCUCUGGCAGCGGCAGCCGCCGGAUCCGUCACCGCUGUCCACCUGCACGCUAAUCACAUCCGAUUUUGUGACCUCGCCCCCACCUGGCCCAACCGCCAUCCACAUCCACCCUUGCCCCAACUAGCGGCGCCACCGCCGCCGUGCCUCGCCGUCCCCGCGCCCGCCGCCACAGCCUGUCCAGCGUGCCACCGAUGGCUCUCAUUCUAAGCGUACGGCAAAAUGAGAGGAGGAAGACAAACCAAUAAUUGAAGGGAAGGCAUGGCUGCUCGCCCUUUUUUACUCCCAAAACUACCCCAAGCACACCUCAUCGCUGGAACACAUCAACGAUGACUAUUACACUGGCUGCCACAGUAGCUUGUGGGCCCACAACUCGGAUGGAGGUUCAUCUUAACUUGCUAGCUAUGGAGGUUCAUCUUAACUUGCUCGCUAUGGAGGUUCAUCUUAACUUGCUAGCUAGCUAGCUAUGGCGUCUCAGAAGUUUGCUCCGUCUCAGACAGUGACAUUCAAUGUCAGGUCGGACUCGUACACGACGUUCAUAUCGACUCUCCGGGGCGCACUAGCGGGCAGCAAUCCCGACAAGGUGCGAGACCGCCCCGUGUUGGCCAAGCAGACCGGCGAGAUCAACCAGCCGCCGCGGUGGAUCCACGUCGUGCUCAACGGCGUCGGCGGCGCGGCACCCAAGGUGGCCAUCCGGAGCGACAACGCCUACAUCGCAGGCUUCGUCAACCGGCCCAAGGGCAGCACUGAAGACGUGUGGUACCAGCUCAGUGCGAGGGGCAGCACCCAGCUCUUCAAGGGCGCGAAGAUGCUCGGCUUCAAUGGCCACUACUCGACGCUGGUCGGCGGCCAGGGCGUCAAGGACCUGCCGACCCUGGAGCUCGGCAUGGAGAGGACGGUGGAGGCCGCCAACGUCCUCUGGAACUACAAGCAGGACAAGCUGGGCUACGCCGCCGCUGACACCGUCGGCGUCGGCGGCCCGCAGAGGAACCUGAAGAGGAAGCUGGCGCUCCUCGCCGUGACCUUGUGCGAGGCCGCGAGGCUGGAGCCCGUGCGAAGCGUGAUCAACGGCGGCUGGCAGCGGGAAUCCAUCUCCAUCACCGACAGGGAGGUCGGCUACAUCAGAGACUGGAGCGACCUCUCCACGGCGCUGCUGGCAUGGAAGGCUGACAAAUUCAAGAAUGAUACCACGCAUUUCUCCAAGUUUGAACGCAUCGGGAUUCGCGACGGGGCCGGAGCCCUGGCGGUGGUGCAGCUCCUGCUCAACAAGCCGCCAAAGAAGGGCCUCUUGUCCUGGCUCAAGCACCUGUGGGGGCUUCUUGUGAAGAAGAACAACUCCCAGCCGCAGAUGCAGCAGGAGGAGAAACAAUACGAUCACCAGAAGCCCGAGCUGGAGAAGAUCAGGCGGGAAGCAAAGAGCUCAUCCAUCGUUAACCCUCUUUAAUUCACCGGUUAUACUACACCACUUGUCCGAGAAAAAAUUAAUACAAAACAGGUAGCAGAAUAAUAUAUCCUUGCAUGUAAUAAUUCAUGUUAGAAGUUCACUCGGUACAAAAGGGAGCAUCUAAGUUCACAGCAUGGGUAUGGUGUCACCAUGGAAUGGAGUUUGUAAGUUCACAAAAUAAUGUGGAGUUCGUAAGAAGUCACCGUUCACAGAAUAAAGUCGAGUUUG